AAUUGUCUGGGGAAAGCCAAGACCUUGUUUUUGGAAUAAAAGUCCAUAAAUUUAUGAUUGAUUGAAAUGGACAUCUCUCUUUGCAAUUCUUUAAUUGGAUAUUACUUCAAUUGUGGGCGUUUGGAAUAUGCCAAGGAAUUGUUUCACGCGAUGAGCGAAAAUCAUGAAGUUACAUCUGGGUUCAUACUUCGUGGUUAUAUGUUGAUCAAAGCUUGGAACUUUCUAGACGAAUAAAGACUCAAGUACUAAGCAUGCAAUGCAGUAUUUCAGGUUUAAUACAAGACAACAGGCAUGACAUGAUUUUAGAUUUAGUUAGAGAAAUGCAGGGUCUUGGGGUUUAGGCCUAAUGCUGUGACGCUUUCAUCUACACUUCCAACAUUGGCAUAUUUGUCAAAUUUGAAAGGAGGGAAAGAAAUACAUUCUUAUGCUCUGAAAAAUGGGUAUGACAGGAAUAUCAAUGUCGCCACUGCAAUCAUUGACAUGUAUGCAAAAUCUGGAUAUAUUUGCAGCGCACAGAGAUUUUUUGUCAAUCAAAAUAUAGGAACUUGGUUAUUUGGACCGCAAUAAUCUCAGCAAAUGCUGUCCGACGGAUGCUAAUUUGUCUCUCUGUCUUUUAUUAUGAGAUGUUGAAUAGUGGGAUUAAGCCAGAUCAUUCCAGUGCUGACAGAUUGUGCUCAUUGUGGAGAGUUUCUUGCGUUGAUGAGAGGUGAGGGGAAGGUUUUGCAUGACAAGCUUGACGAGGAGAGUGUUUAUGGCUAGAAUUCUUGUAGAAUUAAAAAAAAAAGUCCCAGCAGUUCAAUGUUCUUGAUGACCUGCAAGUUGCAUUUUUUAUUUUUCUAAAACGAAAAUUGUAUCAUUAUCAGAAUACUGAUAGCUAGAAGAAUACUAACCAACAUUCUGGUCGUAUUACAAAGUUAAUGGAUUUACUUUGAUUAGAAGUGACCUCUGCAAUACGGGCGGACACCUUCUUCCAUAUGAUAAAAUACUUUGGUAUGGCUUCUACCAAGGGUAAGCCUUGUCAGGUUCUCCACUAUGAAGCUUACAGAACCCUCUCACAAGUAAGAGACUCGAAAUUUUCCAGCUACAUUUAUCAAAUUAUAUACUAUUUCUUUCAGAUAGGUGAGUUCGUUAGCGUGAAAGGGCCUUACUUUCAAUUUUUUAGGAAGCAAAUUCAGUUGCAAAUGAGGGUCUUGACAUAAUGUACUUAAGCUACACUUUUUGCAGUUCGUUUUCUUGGGGAUUCAUUUAAUUAUAAAAACUUGAAGUUGCAGUUGAAGUGUCCAAUCUUUUCUAUUGUUCAGUUGCUAAUGUUAAAGGAUCAGCGUAUAUAGCAGCUCCUAACCUAGCUAAAGCGGUCUCCACCUCCUCGGCCAACUUUUUCCUCUCGCCGCAAUUUUUUUCUCUGAACUGAGUGAUGCUCACAAUUGGGAAGCUGGCGAGAAUUUCCAUCCCCACCUUCAUGAAACUUUGGCCAAGUAGUGAGUAAAAAUAAUUCUAAAAAGUAAAUAUAAAUAGUUUCUUUGAGUAUAAUUCAAGUUACUUAAUUAUAACUAAUGAUGAUUUAUAUAUGUUGUUAUGUUUGUCCAAAGACACCUCUAUAAUAAUCAUUUCCAACUUCUCACCAAAGCAUACUAUGCAUCACUUUAAUCUGGGAAUUGAGUACCCCAUUUUUCUUUUAAUUUAAGUUUUUCCCAGUUAAGAGAAAUUGAGGACGAAAACGUGUUAUAUAUAAUGUUGGGUCAUGUUAUAUCUUUCAAAUUUUAAAUCAUAUACAGAUAACAGCAGCUGUAUACUGUUCUAGACAUUAGUUUGAAACCAAAAAGAGUUAUUAGUUGAGGUAUAUAUUGGUAGAGCUAUCUUCUAUCUGUCAAAGUAAAAUGGGAGCUACUGCCAAGGCAGACAAGAAGAAAAUGGAAGGAGACAAUAGUACUAGCUUCAUGACUCUUGAGUGUUUAAGAGGAAGGUUGCUUGCUGAGAGGCAAGCUUCUAAGCUUGCUAAACAUGAGGCUCAGCUCAUGGGUGCCAAGUUGAUAGAGAUAGAGACCAAAUUAAGAGAAGAGACCAAACUAAGGCAAAAGGCAGAGAAGAAGCUUAAACUCUUGAUGAAGAAGCUCGAGCCCCUGAAGAUCUCGCCCGUAUUCGAGAGACUAGAGCAAGAGGUGCAUUCCUCAAAUUCAUCUGAGAUUUGUGGAUUUUCUUCCACUUCUUCAUUCAAAUCUCAACUCUCACAUGGCAGCAAUAAGGAAGAGGAUUCAAGUACUCAACACAAGUCAGACUGCACUUCUCUAUCAGACAAAUCUACCUACCACUUCACUCUAACUUGUCAAGAUUCAAAAACAGAUUCUCAAAGGUAAUAACAAUCAACUCAAUUCAACCUCAAUUGAGAUCAGAGUUGAUGUGUGUUAAUUAACAAUAAUGAUGUCAGUUUAUGAGCUAUUAGGACAGGAUGGUUCUUUAUGUAACUUGUUUUUGCUUUGAACCAAACUGAAGCAUUGAUCAGACAGUUAAACUGUAAUAAAGCUAUGUGAAUGUUAUCAUUAAAGAGUCAUGUCAAUUAUUUGGAA